AUGGUGACCACCCGUUCUGGCAAGCUUUCUAUUGGAACUCCCAACUCUGUCAAGCAGAAGAAGAAGCGACAGAACAAUAAGAAGAAGAAAUCUCCAGCCAAAGCUACCACAGUCAACGGCAACGACGAAAACGUGCUACCCAAUCUCCGUCAAGUUCAACCGAAACGAAACGACCAUGACAAUGCUCUUCAGAAGAAGAAGAAAAGCCCUCCUAAUAGCGGCACCAAGACCCAAGUCAACCGUAAGAUGCAAGGGAACACCAAGAAUCGAGAAGUCCAUUCCUCUCCUCGCCCAGCAGAUAGUCCAGGAGCUACUGGCGGUUCUUCUAAGACGACGACAGAAACGGCUGGCACACCCGUCCGCGACGUUACUUUGCAGGAUGGCAAGCCAGAAGCGCGCUCAACUAUGAUGGCAGGCAAGGAUGGUACACCUACAAGCGAGACGAAGACGACAAGCACGCCAGAAGCUUGUACAACGAAGACCACACCGACGGUUGGUACAGCAGAUCGCAACGCAACUGUGCAGGACAAAACGCCAGAAGCUACCGUUACUACGUCAAAGACGACGGGCAAAGAUAAUAAUAGUACACCUACACGAGCCACGAAGACAACAAGCAAGGAUAGUUCACCUGACCAUGACGACACUUUGCAAGAUGGCAAGACGGACACUAGCGGUACCAGCGACGCGCCUAGUAAGAAGCGAAACCGUGCGGAACAGCCAACGGCAAUCGUUGGAAAAGAAACCACGCCCGUCAACAAGCGUCGCAAGACUACAUUCUCAGACUCUGUGGAUGCCAAGGAUACUGCACCUAAGAACGACGACGCUGGGUACGCUUCAGACGACACUUGCCGUAUCAGCAACUCAACAGUCAAGCUUGCAAUCAAACGCUCCAGCAGCCUGUGCAAAGCGAAGAACACCGGUACAACUCGUGGCAAGAAGUCAGUUAGUUUCGGUCCUCUCCCUGCUCAAAAAGCUUCGAAGAAGAAAGACGUCACCUUCAGCGUUGGGACUCCUCUGAAGUCGACCAAGCGUCGCACAGGAACUCCUCACAAGUUGCCAAAGGCUCGGGGUACUUCUUUGUUUGAAACCACACCUGGUCGCAAGUCCUCGGCUGUUGACCCAGCUAGCAUCAAGGUCUCUGCAACUGGUAGUACGACGCCUCAGAAGAAAUCCUCAGAUGCUACGGCUUCUCGGGCCAAGUCAUACUCUGGGGCUACUGCGACUACGUUCUCGUUUGGUACUCCUCAAAAGACGCCGGUCUCCAAGAAAUCGGAUGCUUCCGCCACGACCACGCCACGAGGAGCCAAGCCAUAUUCUGGGGCUACUGCGCCCAAAAGCCCUGAUGUUCGAACUACGUUCUCGUUUGGUACUCCUCAAAAGACGCCGGUCUCCACGACCACGCCACGAGGAGCCACGUCUUUCGACCCUUCGACCCCUCGCUUCAAGACCCCGACUCGGAAACCAAAAGGAACUGGUGCGACUCCAGCGAAAUCUCCAAUGAGUUCCGCAACGAAGGCCGAGCAACUACAGCGUCUCAAGAUUCUGUCCGGCAAGAUCGGACACCUGCAGCAGAAAACCGAGAGUCGCAAGGACCAGAUCAAGGCCAAGAAAUUGAAGCAAGCAGAAUUGGAAGAAAAGAUGGAAGUGCUUAGGGGAGACUUGAACAAACUCAACACGGAACAGCAAGAUGAUCGAGGGAAGCUGGCAUGGUACUCUCGAAAGAAGGCCAGCAUCGAACGUCAAAUGGCUUUCGAGUCUCGUUCCCCCUUCCCUUCGGCCAGCAAGAAACGCGUCAUUCGCAUGGACAGCGAUGGGGGCGACUUGGAUACCCUACUAGCCAACAACAAAGCUUCUGUCAAGAAGAGCAAAGGCGUCGCCUCAUUGAAGGAUGAAGGAAGCAAUUCUUCUCAGACCUCGCGUGCAAGCGAUGCUACGGUGAUCCCUUCUAACUUCACUGCUAGUUUCUAA